UUCUUUUAUUUCUGGUUCUGAGGAUUAAAAAUAACUAAUAAUAACAACGUUGGAUACGCCUUAUUUUAUACAGAUUUCGACUUAGAAUAGUCUCUAAAUAACAGAUAUGAUUGAAACAUGUUCCAAGAGAUGUAUGUUGUUAGGCACAGUUUCUUUGGGGAUCCUGACAAUUGUUGUUCUUAUAUUAGAAUCACAUCUUGCCGACACAUUGACUGGUAGUCAACGAAGAAAUAAAACGUUUCCAACAGAAAAUAAUUCAACAUGUUGGUUAACACAACCUUAUACAGUAAUAAGUGAAUGUCAUCCCUGUUCCGAUUUUGAAAUACGAAGCAAGAGCAUAGGGGUUUGUAUACACACAAACUUUAAAGAAAUAUUAAGGUGUGAAAAUGGUGAAACAGUUACCAAAAGCUGUGACCGUGUUGCAUAUUUGGAAGAGAGAAAGUACUGGAAGUUUACUAUCUGGUCAUUUUUUUUGGGAGCUGUGUCCUCUUUGGCUGUGAUGCUAAGAAUGCGUGUUCUCAACCACAGGGCAAAAAGACGGGCAAGACAAGUUCUUGCCAAUGGAACAAUUUAAUUACAUUUAUUUGUAAUGAUGUAUGAGUAAAAAUUGAGCCGCAAAAUGUGACCUCAGAGAACAGGUUAUGUAUAGGAAGAUGUAAUUUUUGUUUUUCUGUUGAAAUGUAAAUGUUUAUUUAGCACCACUUGUCUCAACUUAUUUAAAUGUUAAUACAUAUCAAAUAAGAAGAAUUACUCAAUAAUCAGCUUUGUAAUCAUAUAGCUACAUAAAUAAAACUUUUAAUAGUUCA